AUGGCGGCGGCGGCCGCGGCGGCCGUCGGGGGGCCGCAGCCGCCCCAACCCGAGCUGCCCGCGCCCGGGCUGGCCCUGGACAAGGCGGCCACCGCGGCGCACCUGAAGGCGGCCCUUAGCCGGCCGGACAACAGGGCAGGUGCUUUAAAGCUGCCUGAUUCUUGGGAAGAAACUGAUGAUGUGAUUUGGAUUGGCUGGGCGGGGGAUGGUAUUAGGGACGGAAUUGGGUCGCAGGAUUGUAAGAGUCGGGGAGGUGUCUUGCAGCCAGCUGCAGGGGAGAACGGCUUGGGGAGAAGGACUUCCGAACUGUUUUGCAAAAGGCAUCAAAUUAAAUCAAGUUCAAAUAUUCCCUGUGUCCCCAAAGACUUACUGAUGAUGUCUGAAUUUGUUCUUCCAAGAUUUAUUUUUUGUCUUAUUCAGUACUUAAGAGAAGGCUAUAAUGAACCAGCAGCCGAUGUACCAUCAGAAAAAGACCUUAACAAAGUUCUUCAGCUUUUGGAACCUCAAAUUUCCUUUUUAGAAGAUCUAACUAAAAUGGGAGGAGCGAUGCGGUCUGUUCUUACUCAGGUUUUGACAAACCAACAAAACUACAAAGAUCUGACUUCUGGUCUUGGAGAAAAUGCUUGUGCAAAGAAAAGUCAUGAAAAGUACCUUAUAGCUCUGAAGAGCUCUGGACUUACGUAUCCCGAGGAUAAACUUGUAUACGGUCUACAGGAACCAUCAGCUGGCACUAGCACUCUGGCAGUGCAAGGUUUUGCGGGUGCAACAGGAACUUUGGGACAACUAGAUUCUUCAGAUGAGGAGGAUCAAGAUGGGAGUCAAGGUCUGGGCAAGAGAAAGAGGGUCAAACUAAGCAGUAGCACCAAAGAUCAAUCUAUAAUGGAUGUUUUGAAACAUAAAAGUUUUCUAGAAGAACUAUUGUUUUGGACUAUAAAGUAUGAAUUCCCUCAGAAGAUGGUAACUUUCUUACUCAACAUGCUUCCAGAUCAAGAGUAUAAGGUUGCUUUUACAAAAACUUUUGUUCAGCAUUACGCUUUCAUUAUGAAAACACUGAAGAAGAGUCAUGAAUCCGACACAAUGUCUAACAGAAUUGUGCAUAUUAGUGUUCAGUUGUUCAGCAAUGAAGAGCUAGCCAGACAGGUGACAGAAGAAUGUCAGCUGCUGGAUAUUAUGGUUACUGUGCUAUUAUACAUGAUGGAAAGUUGCCUUAUUAAAAGUGAGCUACAAGAUGAAGAAAAUAGUUUGCAUGUGGUAGUGAACUGUGGAGAAGCAUUACUGAAGAAUAACACUUAUUGGCCUCUUGUCAGUGAUUUUAUUAAUAUCCUUUCUCAUCAAAGUGUGGCUAAGAGAUUUUUGGAGGACCAUGGUUUGUUAGUUACAUGGAUGAACUUUGUAUCCUUCUUUCAAGGUAUGAACUUAAACAAGCGAGAACUAAAUGAGCAUGUGGAAUUUGAGUCUCAGACCUACUAUGCUGCCUUUGCUGCUGAACUUGAGGCCUGUGCACAGCCAAUGUGGGGGCUCUUAUCACAUUGUAAAGUUAGGGAAACUCAAGAAUACACCCGAAAUGUUGUUAGAUAUUGCCUUGAAGCUCUUCAAGAUUGGUUUGAUGCUAUUAACUUCGUAGAUGAGCCAGCACCUAACCAAGUCACUUUUCAUCUGCCCCUUCAUCGUUACUAUGCUAUGUUUUUGAGUAAGGCUGUGAAAUGUCAAGAACUAGAUUUGGAUUCUGUUUUACCUGAUCAGGAAAUGUUAAUGAAACUAAUGAUUCACCCACUCCAAAUUCAAGCAAGUCUUGCUGAAAUCCACAGCAAUAUGUGGGUAAGAAAUGGUCUACAAAUCAAAGGACAAGCUAUGACCUAUGUCCAGUCUCAUUUCUGUAAUUCCAUGAUUGACCCUGACAUUUACUUACUGCAGGUUUGUGCUUCUAGACUUGACCCAGAUUAUUUUAUUUCAUCUGUCUUUGAAAGAUUUAAGGUAGUGGAUUUGUUGACAAUGGCUUCACAACAUCAAAACACAGUACUUGAUGCAGAGCAUGAGAGAUCGAUGUUAGAAGGCGCUCUUACAUUUCUUGUGAUUCUUUUAAGUCUUCGUUUACAUUUAGGAAUGUCUGACGAUGAGAUACUCAGGGCAGAGAUGGUAGCCCAGUUGUGCAUGAAUGACAGGACACACAGUUCAUUGCUGGACCUUAUUCCAGAAAAUCCAAAUCCCAAAAGUGGUAUUAUUCCAGGCAGUUACAGCUUUGAAUCAGUUUUAUCAGCUGUAGCUGACUUUAAGGCUCCUGUUUUUGAACCUGGAGGUUCUAUGCAGCAAGGCAUGUAUACUCCUAAAGCUGAAGUCUGGGAUCAGGAGUUUGACCCCGUCAUGGUCAUUCUUCGAACAGUUUACCGUAGAGACGUGCAGUCUGCAAUGGACAGAUAUACAGCAUUUUUAAAACAGAGUGGAAAGUUCCCUGGAAAUCCCUGGCCUCCCUAUAAGAAAAGGACACCACUCCAUCCCAGCUAUAAAGGUCUCAUGAGACUUUUGCACUGUAAAACUUUACACAUUGUGCUAUUCACUCUGCUUUACAAGAUUUUGAUGGAUCAUCAAAAUCUGUCAGAACACGUACUCUGCAUGGUUUUAUAUCUGAUUGAAUUAGGACUUGAAAAUUCAGCUGAAGAGGAAUCAGAUGAAGAGGCAUCAGUGUGUGGACCAGAACGUUGUCAUGACAGUUGGUUUCCUGGCAGUAACUUAGUGUCAAACAUGCGACACUUUAUAAACUAUGUUAGGGUGAGAGUUCCAGAGACUGCUCCUGAAGUGAAGAGGGACUCACCUGCAAGUACCAGCUCUGACAGCCUGAGUUCUUUGCAUAAUUCUGGUACAGCUCAAGUUUUCAGCUUAGUAGCAGAGCGUAGGAAGAAGUUUCAGGAGAUCAUCAAUCGCAGUAGCAGUGAAGCAAAUCAGGUGGUUCGUCCCAAAACUUCAAAUAAGUGGUCUGCUCCUGGUUCAGCUCCACAGUUAACUACAGCCAUUUUGGAAAUUAAAGAAAGCAUAUUGUCUUUGCUAAUUAAACUUCAUCACAAACUCUCAGGAAAACAAAACUCCUACUAUCCUCCUUGGCUUGAUGACAUAGAAGUUUUAAUCCAACCAGAAAUUCCUAAAUAUAAUCAUGGAGAUGGUAUAACUGCAGUGGAAAGAAUUUUACUAAAAGCUGCAUUGCAAAGCAGAAUGAACAAACGCAUCAUUGAAGAGAUAUGUAGAAAAGUGACCCCUCCUGUACCCCCCAAAAAAAUCACUGCAGCAGAGAAGAAAACAUUGGACAAAGAAGAAAGGCGACAAAAGGCUAGAGAGAGGCAGCAGAAAUUGCUUGCAGAGUUUGCUUCACGACAGAAAAGCUUCAUGGAAACUGCAAUGGAUGUUGAUUCUCCUGAGAACGAUAUUCCUAUGGAGAUCGCAACAGCAGAGCCACAAGUUUCUGAGGCAGUAUAUGAUUGUGUUAUUUGUGGACAAAGUGGCCCCUCCUCUGAAGACCGACCUACAGGAUUGGUUGUACUAUUACAAGCAUCCUCAGUUUUGGGGCAGUGCCGUGACAACAUUGAGCCAAAAAAAUUGCCUAUCACUGAGGAGGAGCAGAUUUACCCUUGGGAUACAUGUGCAGCAGUUCAUGAUGUGAGGCUUUCAUUAUUACAGCGUUAUUUUAAAGAUAGUUCUUGUCUAUUGGCAGUAUCAAUUGGCUGGGAAGGAGGUGUUUAUGUACAGACCUGUGGCCACACGUUACAUAUAGAUUGUCAUAAAUCUUACAUGGAAUCAUUACGGAAUGACCAGGUUCUUCAGGGCUUCUCAGUGGACAAAGGAGAAUUCACGUGUCCUCUCUGCAGGCAAUUUGCUAACAGUGUUCUUCCUUGUUAUCCUGGAAGUAAUGUGGAAAGUAACCUUUGGCAACGUCCUAGUAACAGAAGCAUUCAAGACCUCAUAAAGGAAGUGGAGGAGCUGCAGGGACGGCCGGGAGCUUUCCCAUCAGAAACCAACUUAAGUAAAGAAAUGGAAUCUGUUAUGAAAGAUAUCAAAAAUACCACUCAGAAAAAAUAUAGAGACUAUAGCAAGACGCCAGGCUCACCAGACAAUGAUUUUCUCUUUAUGUAUUCUGUUGCUAGAACCAAUUUGGAACUUGAAUUAAUUCAUCGGGGAGGCAAUUUGUGUUCAGGUGGUGCAAGCACAGCUGGCAAAAGGUCUUGUUUAAAUCAACUGUUCCAUGUAUUAGCCUUGCACAUGCGGCUUUAUAGCAUUGAUUCUGAGUAUAAUCCCUGGAGAAAGCUUACACAAUUAGUAGAAGAGAUGAAUUCACAGCAGGGAAAUGAAGAACAACAGCCUGAGGUUCCAAUUCUUUAUCAUGAUGUUACAUCCCUUUUGCUCAUCCAGAUCUUAAUGAUGCCACAACCCUUACGCAAAGACCACUUCACCUGCAUUGUGAAGGUGCUUUUCACCCUACUAUACACACAAGCUCUUGUGGCACUUUCAGUUAAAUGCAAUGAGGAAGAUAGGUUAGCCUGGAAACACAUGGGAGCUCUCAAAAAGAAUGCAUGUGAUGCAGAAAAGUCUUAUGAAGUGUUACUGAGCUUUGUGAUAAGUGAACUGUCUAAAGGAAAGUUAUACCAUGAAGAAGGAACUCAGGAAUGUGCAAUGGUUAGCCCUAUUGCUUGGUCUCCUGAAUCCAUGGAAAAAUACUUACAGGACUUCUGCUUACCUUUCCUCAGAAUCACCAGCCUUCUUCAGCACCACCUUUUUGGGGAAGAUUUACCUAGCUGCCAGGAAGAAGAAGAAUUUUCAGUUCUUUCCAGCUGCCUGGGACUUCUGCCAACAUUUUACCAAACAGAACAUCCAUUCAUCAGUGCCUCCUGUCUGGAUUGGCCAGUUCCAGCAUUUGAUAUUAUAUCUCAGUGGUGUUUUGAGAUAAAUUCAUUUACUGAAAGACAUGCGGAACAAGGAAAGGCCUUGCUUAUCCAAGAGUCAAGAUGGAAAUUACCACACCUGCUCCAGUUGCCUGAGAAUUAUAACACCAUUUUUCAGUACUACCACAGAAAGACCUGUAGUGUCUGCACCAAAGUUCCUAAAGAUCCUGCUGUUUGCCUUGUUUGUGGUACUUUUGUAUGCCUGAAAGGACUUUGCUGCAAGCAACAGAGUUACUGUGAAUGUGUAUUGCAUUCUCAGAACUGUGGUGCUGGAACAGGGAUUUUCCUUUUAAUCAAUGCAUCGGUGAUUAUCAUCAUUCGAGGCCACCGCUUCUGCCUGUGGGGUUCUGUGUAUUUGGAUGCUCAUGGAGAAGAAGAUCGGGAUCUUAGGCGAGGCAAGCCUCUCUACAUUUGUAAAGAAAGAUACAAAGUUCUUGAGCAGCAGUGGAUUUCUCAUACUUUUGAUCACAUCAAUAAAAGAUGGGGUCCACAUUACAAUGGGCUGUGA